AUGGUGACCCUAGUUUUCUUUUUAUUAACUCCCCUCCUAACUCAGCUCUCGUGCCAUCCACCUGCGAUCGACCACGAUGAAUUCUGCCAUCACCUCACCUCACUUGUCUCUUUCUUUCUUUCUUCCUUUCUUUCUUUUGUAUUCUAUUUUUUCUUUCUUUCCGUACGUCUUUCUUUCUAUUCCUUUCUUUCUUUCUUUCUUUUGUAUUCUAUUUUUUCUUUCUUUCUUUCUAUUGUAUUCUCUUGUAUUUCCUUCUUUCUUUCUUUCUUUCUUUCCUUCCCUUCUUUGUGUAAGUCUUUCUUUCUUUCAUUCUUUCUUUCAGUAAGUCCUUCUUUCUAUUUUAUUCUAUUGUAUUUUCUUUCUUCCUUCCUUCUUUACUUCCCUUCUUUCUUUCUUUCUUUCUUUAAGUCUUUCUUUAAGUCUUUCUUUCUAUUGUAUUCUAUUCUAAUGUACUUCCUUCCUUCCUUCCUUUUCUUCUUUCCUUUCUUUCUUUCUUUUCCUUCUUUCAUUCCUUCCUUCUUUCUUUCUGUUGUAUUCUAUCCUAUCUUUCUUUCUUUGUUUCGUUCUUUCUUUCUUUCUUUCUUUCUUUCUUUCUUUCUUUCUUUCUGGAAGUCCUUCUUUCUAUUGUAUUCUAUUGUACUUUCUUUCUUCCUUCGUUCCUUUCUUUCUUUUCAGGCCUCAUUUUUUCCUUUAACUCGUAUUUUUCAUUCACCUUUCUUUCUCCUUUUCUUCAGUCGCGUUUUUCUUUCAUAUUUUUCUUUUCUUCUUAUCCUGCGUUUCGUUUAUUCCAUCUUCCUUUAUUCUUUCUCUUCUUCUUCUUCUUCUUCUUCUUUUUCUUCUUCUUCUUCUUCUUCUUCGCCAGUUGAGAUGUUCUUUCGUUCUCUCUUUCCUUCUCUUUAUUCGCUUAGCCUUUCCACUUCUUCGUCAGUCAAGACUAUCUUAUCAUUUGUUUUCAGAUCCUUUUUUCAUUCAAUUCUACCGCCAUCCACUUCCUUUCGCUUGUCUUCUUCCCGUGCACCAUCGCCCGUCUCUUGCCACAUUUCACAUACCCCCGCCCCUGAACCUGCCACACCAUCAAAGGCCCGGAUGUGA